GCUGGUCAGCAUCGUUAUUACACUUUAAACCCUUUCCCAAUUGACCCAGCCAACCGAACACCACCUCCACCUGCUGGUCAAUCUAUAUUAUUACACCUACAACAAUUUUCCGAGGAUUUCAACUAAGCCAUGAACACAGCAAAGAAGUUUCCUGAAAUGUCUCAGCCCAGACAUAGAAAUCUUCAGGAGAUGCUGACUGAAGUGGGUUUGUCUGUUGACUACUGGCUGCCUAAGCUUCAGAAAGAUCUGGGUGUGACCUGUGCCCAGGCCUUACAACACUUAGAAGAAAGAGACCUCCAGAAGCUGAAGUCCCAUAUACAACACACCUGGGAGCAAAGGGCUCUGAAAAAGCUGCUUGACCUCUCACAGCCAAACAGUGUUGCAGAGUUCCAGGAGACUCCUGGGGAGAUGAUAAAGAACAGGCACCAGCAAGCAAAACAGGCACUGCAGGAACUAAAGGCCUUGCAGUCAGAAGGGAAACACAGACAGGAAAAGGAAGUGAGGAAGAAGGAAGCAGAACUGAGGCAAGCAAUGGAGAUCCCAGAAGAGUGCUGGCCAGGGCCGGAAGUACCCUUCAAUGAUGUCACUGAAACAAUGGUGAGACAUCUCAAGGAUAUGGAUCCCAAACUUCCCUACAGUGGAAACCUCCCCGAUAGAGACCUCGUAAAAUGGGCAUCUGGAGGACUGGCUCUGCAGGGAAUUUAUAAGACAAGCAAACAAGGGGACCUGGUAGUGAAGAGAGAACAGCUACUCAGGGUCCCCAAGGAAUUCUUCCUCUUUGGACCUGAGCAAGGUAAAAGGAUGGAAACAAGAGAAUUCACAUCAUCUCAAGCAGAAUCCCUGUUCACCAAGACCGUGGAGAAGCUGGGAUUUGGAGCAAUGACGUCAGCCACAGGUGGAUGCUGGGGAUUUAGUCUGGAAGGUGGUAGAGAGCAAAGCAAACAUUCAGAAUCUAAGGACACACACCAGUCAUUUUCAGAGCACUCUUACUUCUGUUCAGCAAAGUUCAGUUAUGUGCCCCUGGCCUCCUUUCACUUUCGAACUGAUCAGCUCCAGCUCUCCCCUGCUGCUCUCAAGGAACUGAAAAUCAUCGAAGAACAACUGGAACACACUGAUGGAACAGACAGAUUCCUCUUACUAAGAAACAGGAUUGAAAACUUCUUUAAUAGGUUUGGCUCUCAUGCUAAUCAAGGCCCUCUACACCUUGGAGGAAUCUACUGCUGGAAGGCCAUUUCAGAGGGUUUCAACAGGGACCAGCUGGGUCAUGUGAAGCAGCAGACAGCAGAGGCCUUGGAUCAAUACAUAAGAGGGAGCUCCAGCGGUUUUGGGAUUAAAGUUGUUGGAAGGGCGAAAGCAUCACACUCACGUUAUGUAAGAUCGUGCCAGAAUGUAGCUAACGAAAUGUUCCAAUUCAAUGUCCAGUUAUCUGUGGCCCAGAUAGGUGGACCAGUAGAAACAAAUGGAAUUGUUCACUGGACAACUGGUCUUCUUGCCAGCAACAAAACCUGGUCUAUCAUUGACCAGGAACUUCAGUUGGUACCUAUUUGGGACAUCAUCCUUAGCAACCACAGAAGUGAUUUUAAGAACCCACUUCAACUGGCUAAAUGUCUAAAUGAAAACUAUACUGUCCUGACUGGCCUUGCUGUUCAAAUCCAAGAUGAAGAAUAUUUGUGCAGUCUUGGGCAAGAAAUUAGACUUUUUCAAAAAACUAUGAAUUUCCAAAAAGUUUCUGAUUAUGAGAGGAAACUUAAGAAACUGAUAAAUUCCAUGAAAGUCACAAGUUAUAACAUUUGGACUUAUAUGUUUUUUACAGAUUGGCAACUGCAGAAUUUUCUAAUUAGCACAAUCAACUUUCUCAAAGAAGCAGCCACUUAUGUAACUCACUUUAUUAAUGCUCAAGUGUGUAGAUUUCUAGAACCUCAUGUCUACAAAGUGACAAACUUCCCACAGGCAUCAUCUACCAUGGAGUGUAUCUACCAUGCGGAGACAGAGGAAGAAAAGGUCAAAAUCAUCUCCUUUACUCAAUUCCUUAAGACCUUAAAGCAAAUUAAAAAGAAACUAGUAGGAGUGAAUAUGAAAAAUAAAUCUUCACAAACAGUGGAAGAGGCUCAAAGAAAAGCUACAUGUGAUGUCACCACAGCUCUGAGAUCCUUCUUGAACUUUCUCAGAGAAUCAGAGCAGUCUGACAUGCAGCUGCUACUGCUCUCCAUUGCAGCUGGUGCAGGUUAUCGGCUGGACGACAAUGCUCUUCAGCCUCUUCUGGGGUGUGCAGAGUUAAACUUCCUCUUGGAUGAAAUACAAACUGCCCAACAGAAAUACCAAGAGCUUAAAAGUGUCUGUAAUUACAGAGCCCAGUCAUUCCUGGUGCUCACAGCUCUGAGAGCCACAGUUGGAAGCACAGAUAUUUCUACAGGUGAGAAAAGAAAACGCUUGGUAUUAGUAAGACAACAUAUAGGACAACUCUUGUCUGAAGAAGUUGUAAACAUCCUCACAAAACAUGGAGUACACCAUGAUUGGGAAAAUCUUGAGAAUGAUUUGAGAUUACUCAUUUAUGGGGACUAUAAAGCCAUUACUCCUUCUUUGCGUAUGGACAUAGUGAAAACAAAAUUACAAAGUCUUCGUAAUGAAAUUAAAGAGUCUUAUAAACAACUAAGUAUUGAAAACAUCAAAAAGGGAGUGGUGGACAAUGAAUCUUUCAUACACUUACUCCAACGUCUAGGCCUAGAUCAUCACUAUCCAAAAAAGAUGAGCAGAGCUGAUUUCCAAAAGGUCUACAAGAUGUCUGUCCACAAGUCUGAGCCAAGAUCUGAACAGGAACUUCCCUUCUAUUUCCUGCAAAAACUACUGAUGUUAGAUUGCAGGCUGAGACAACUGAUCUUCAAGGAUGCUGGAAACACAGAACACCAGGUCUCUAGAUGCUCCUACAACCAGGACAAUGAGGCUUUUGAUCCAUAUGAAGAGUUAUCUGAAGAGACUGAAGAUAUUGUAAAGUCAUCAGCAAAAAUGUCCCGGCCCCACAUUCACCCAAUGGACAUCCAGAUGGCCAUUUUCCACUGUGCAGAUGAUCUUGCCAGGCAAUACAUUUUGUCCAAACUUUCCAUUUGUCAGUUUGCACUCCCCCUUGUGGUGCCAAAUCCCAACACUUCUCAGAUGGAAUUCUCUCUCUGGUCUCUCAGACAAAUCAGGAGAAGUUGGCAAGAGUCAAGUAAAUCACCACAGGACAAGAGCUACAGUCACAAGAAUCAGCAGAUGUGCAAUGUCUCUACCCCCAUAGUGUCCUUCAUUAGAGUUGGAAAUGGCCUCUCUGCUUCCAAAUCUCAGAUCAUGAACUCUCUCCUCAGUAAACGUAAACAUGAUGUGUUUUUUCACAGGCACUGCAGAGGAAGCAGCAAAGACUGUCUCCUGAUGGAGGGAGUGGUGGAAAUCUCCUGGUUCUGUCCUGGGGGUCAAAAUGAGGACACAUUUGAUAAGUGUGUGGCCUUCACCAAUCUUCAUGGAGAUGCCAAGGACCAUAGGCAACAACUCAGCUUUCUGCAGGAAAUCUCUUCUGUCAUUGUGGUCCUCAUGUCAUCUUCUGAUGACAACAAAGAAAACCAGAAUCUUGUCAGACACUUAUGUCAGUCAUCAAUAUGUCUAGUGUGCUUGUUGGAUGAUAAAAAAAAUGUCUUGGCUAAUAAUUCUGGUAGAAGAGUAAGAAUUGGCAUCAGGGAUAGAAAUGAGGCAGAAUUAACUGAGGAACUCAUAAAUGCUAUUAAACAUUUACUAGAGGUCUCUGAUACUUCUCUUAGCUUAGAGAACUGUUCAGAGAUAGCUCGCAGACAAGGAUUCCUGGUUGAUGAAGACCAGAGACUCUGCAAGGAUACCAAAGAAAAGGCUGAGAUUAUAAUGGCCCUACUAGCAAAACAGACAUUAUCAAAGAUAAAGGAAAACCUACUGCCUCUUCAGGGACAACUGUGGCAUACUUGGUGUAAGAAGGACAAAGAACUCUAUCAUCUGAGAGAAAAGGGAAAUCGGAGUAUUGAACAACAUAAAAGUGAUAUAGAUAUUCAGAAACAAAAAAUACGAUAUGAACAAUUAGAGAAAGCCUGUCCUCUCAAUGAUGUAAUGCGUUCUUUCCUUACCAUCCUUCAAGAACAUGAAGAAGCUCCUGCUAAACAUUACAUAUUGCACUGGCUGGGUCAUUUUUUACACAACUUGACCAAAGGACAUUUGGAAAAAUUACAACAGAAACAAAGGUCUGUGUGGUCAAGGAUACAAACAGAAAAACAUAAGAAAUAUAAAAGUAACUCCCUGACAAUCUAUCAGAAUCAGAUAGAAGCCAUCUCCACAGAGAUUCAUGACUGUACUUUUGGAACUGAGCAUCUUCUCAGAGAAGUUGGCCAGAUUUAUGAAGCUCUGGAAGAAACUUCUUCCACUAGAGAUAAAAGUUUUCUCUCUUUCCCUCAGAUUGCUGCAGACCUGAUGAUAGCUGGUGUUCCCAUUGAGCUGAUGGAUGGGGAUGCUUCAUAUGUGCCUCUAAAGUGGGUGGCAGCUGUUUUUGACAAGAUCUCAGAGAAACUUGGAGACAAAAGGCUGUUUGUUCUCUCUAUCCUUGGAUUGCAAAGCUCAGGGAAGUCUACUCUGCUAAAUGCCCUAUUCGGGUUGCAAUUCACAGUCAGUGUGGGUCGUUGCACUAGGGGGGCCUAUAUGCAGCUUCUGAAGGUAGAUGAGACAUUCACAAAGGAACUUGGCUUUGAUUAUAUUCUAGCAGUAGACACAGAAGGACUUCGGGCUCCAGAACUCAAACACAAAUCCCAGAACUGGGACAAUGAGUUGGCAACAUUUGUCAUUGGCCUUGGAAACUUGACUCUGAUCAAUAUUUUUGGAGAGAAUCCAUCAGAGAUGCAGGAUAUCUUACAAAUAGUUGUCCAGGCCUUUCUAAGGAUGAAACAAGUGAAAAUCUCCCCAAGUUGCUUCUUUGUCCAUCAAAAUGUGGGAGAGGUUACAGCUAAAGACCAAACUAUGGAAGGACGAAGGAGACUGGAGCAGAGACUGGAUGAAAUGACAGCAUUAGCUGCUGAACAGGAAGAGUGCUCAAACAUAACCCGCUUCAGUGAUGUAAUUAAAUUUGAUGCCAAUAGCCAUGUCUACUACUUCGCUCACCUCUGGGAUGGUAAUCCCCCAAUGGCCCCUCCCAAUCCUCACUAUAGCCACAAUGUUCAGGAGUUGAAGGCUGGGAUUCUUAGGACUGCCCAGCAGGAAUCCAAGGGAAGGAUCAUGAAGAUCUCAGAUGUAAAAUUCCGAGUUCAGGAUUUGUGGAAAGCUCUGAUCAGUGAGAACUUCAUUUUCAGUUUCAGAAACACCCAAGAGGUCAUGUCCAUGAGUAAACUGGAAACCAUGUAUAACAACUGGACCUGGGAGCUGAGGAGUCAUGUGCUGGAUUUACAAAUUCAGCUGUACAAUCAGAUUCAUAAUGGAAAAAUCCUGACUCUCACAACUAAUGAACUGGAGGGUCCAGUCAGUACAAAAUAUGAAACCGUCAAGCAAGAUUUUGACAAGUAUUUUGAAGAAAACCCAGACAGUGAAAUAUUGGUUCAAUGGAAAGCAAAUUUUGAACAUAAGUUACUAAUGCUUAAAGAUGCAAUUAUUUCAGACACCAGAAGAAAAUGUGAUGAGCUUAUAAGUCUUAAACGAAGCCAAGAAAGACUAGAUAACCAAAAGUCACAAUAUGAAAAUGAAUUGUUAGAGAAGAGCCGAGAGUUGGCUUUGAGUGUGAAGGGUAAAGAAUUCAGUGAUGAAGAGUUGCGUGAGAAAUUUGACCAACUUUGGACAAAUUGGAUCUACAAAGUUUCUUUGACUGCACCUCCUGUCAAAGACCCUGACAUCGAUUUGGAUGCUGAAAAUAUCCUUUUGGAAUAUUUCAAGAAAGAGAAAAACAUCGUGGAAAGACUGAAAAUGAAUUCGGGAGAGAUGUUUGAAAUCAAUUACUCCAAACAUAUCCAAAUGAAAAAAAAAUGUAUUAUAUUUCCAAGGAGUUUAGAAGUCUGUCAUCAAGAGUCUAUUAGUAAGACUACUAAUAACAUUUAUUCAAGAAAUAAUGAAACAAUAACAAACAUUUGGAAGCAAAAGCGUGAUUACAGUCAGAGUGAUUUUCAUGAAAUCCUGAGGAUAAUAGAAAAUGAACUGAAAUCUGUUCCCCCUGAGGAAGACUACACAUUUACCAGAGACUACACCAUUGACUUAUCCUUGUGCUUAUUCCAAAGAGCAUCUAAGAGUUUCAAGGAAAUGCACAAGGCGUUCAAGAGAGAAAAUGAUCCUGUGAGCUAUCUGGAGAGAAAGAAAGAUGGUUUUUUCAUGAGUUUUAAAAUCUCCUGCCAAGGUGCUACCUCCAUCACCUCCUUUGUUGAAUUCCUGUGGCUCAAGCUCACUCCUGCUGUCUCUACCACCAUACGGGAAAUGAUGGGUCCAAAAGUAGCUGGGGACAUGCGAGCCACCUGCCCUGCAUUCAAUGGCAACAGGGCUAACUUGGAAAAGCAUAUUCUCUACUCUCUAGCUGAAGAAGAAAACUUUGAUAAGUAUUGGCAAUACAUUCAUCAUCCAGAAUCCUUUAUCAAAGGUUAUAUUCGUUACCACAUUAGAAGAUACUGUUUUAAAAAAGGAGGUGAAAAAAUAAAGACCUUUUUAAAAAGAAGUUUAGAUGACAUCAAGAAUGCCAUCCUCUCUGCCAUUAAUAAGUCUACAGCAGAAGGUAAAGCUGAAAACAGCACUGCUACCGACUGGUUGGAUUUGUUCUGUGAUCAUCUAGGGAGCAAACUGAUCUUUCCAAGAAGAGACCUGAUAAGCAUCGAGCACCAGGAAAUAAAGGAUACUGAGUUUCUCAAAGGAACCAUGAGGGCAGCUUUGGAUUCUGCACUGAGGAAAGUCAAAGAUGACUGCUCAAGUAAGCCCAUAGAUGAAAUGGUUCCUGACAUUGAGAAAAUUCUCUCUGAGCAUCUCUGUGGCUGCUGGAAACAGUGUCCGUUUUGUAAAGCAAUUUGUACAAACACCAUUCCCAAACAUGAAGGAGACCACAGUGUACCAUUCCACCGUCCUCAGGCUGUCAAUGGAUGGCAUUAUCAUAAAACAGACUACUUUGCCACUGAGUGCUGUACUACUUGUGUGGCAAGUGAUGGUUCAUUUAUUUUACAUGACCUCCAGAAAUUCCCAUAUAAGAAAUAUCGAGAAGCAGGAGGUAAUUUUGCCACGUGGAGCAUCACCCCAGACUCAUCUACCCAGCCAUAUUGGAAAUGGUUUGUCUGUCGCUUCAGAUCAGAGCUAGAAGAGAAGUAUGAGAAAAAAUUUAAAAAGUGGGGUACUAUUCCAGAUUCGUGGACCAAAAUCACAAAGCAAGAAGUGCUUGAUGAUUUGAAAAUUAACAUUUGCCACAAAUAGGACACGAGCAGUGCUAUAAUAAUUUCACAUUAUCCAAGGGAGUCUAAUAUUGAUUUACAUCACAUCUUCAUUCCUCUACCUUAUAAAAUAAGUAAAAAAAUCACUUAUUAUUUCAAAAUUUGAAAAAUUUCUAUUAA